GCACUAUGAACCUUAGAGACAUCAUCCUGCCAUCUUUUUUCUAUAAUGCAACAACAUCAACAACAUCAUCAACAACAAUAAGCUCUCCCACCACCUUUCUCUCAUUCUUUGUUGCCUUCUCAUUCCAUGGAAACAACAUCACAACUACUCUACAAUGGAGAUCUCAUGCCAAUCUAAUGUUUCUUUUCCUUCUCUUCCUCUUCCAAAUCUCUUCCUUUCUUCUCUGCAAGCUCUUCAACUCUCUCUACUCCAAAAGACUUCUUCUACUCUCUCAAAGGGAUUUUGUGGAGAAGAAUGAGUGUGAAGAUGGAUACAUUUCUUGUGGUUCAAUCUCUGUUGAGGUUAUUGGAGAGGAAGACCAUGUUUUCUUCUCAGAUUUUUCAGAAUAUGAUUCCCCUUUGGAUGAUCUUGCAGACUGUGAUGCUUUAUCCACACCUUCUGCUUGUCCUUCACCAAUCAUAUCCUCAUCUGAAAAUGCUGCUUUUGAUGUUGAAGAAGUGUUUAAUGGAGAAGAAGCUAAUUCUGAUGAGAAGAAGUACAUCAUAAUUGAAGCUCAUAAAGAGAAGAAGCAGCAAAACUAUGGUGAGUCUCUGAAUGGAGAUUACUCCACCUCAAAGAGUUCCAUUGAAUGGAGAAGUUCAGCUAUACUUCGAGACUCCGAAACCGAUUACCCCUUCUCCUCUUCGUCGAGACGAAGCUCCUCUCGAUGGGAAUCGUACACAAUGUUCCGUAAAUACGACGAAGAAAUGCUCUUCUUUGAUAGGAUCAGUGAACAGAAACUCAAUGAAACAGAAUAUCUUAGGACAUUCAAGGUCAAAAGAUCAAUAUCUCAAAGAAUAGUUCACAAGUUGACACCACUGAGGAAGCACUCACCAGAAGGGAGUAUAAGAAACCCAUAUGAAGAGUUGGAGAGUGCUUAUGUGUCUCAAAUUUGCUUAACUUGGGAGGCAUUGAAUUGGAAUUACAGCCAUUUUCAGAGAUCAAUCAAUGUUAAUCAAUGCAUGAAGAAUUCAGGUUGUCCUGCAAGAGUUGCUCAACAAUUUCAGCAAUUCGAAGUCCUUCUUCAUCGGUUCAUCGAGAACGAGCCUUUCGAGCAUGGCCGUCGCCCUGAAGUCUAUGCUAGAAUGAGGAUUUGCUCUCCAAAACUACUCCAAGUUCCUGAAUUUAAAGAUUUAGAAGGUGAUGAGAGAAAGGAGGAAGUGAGUUCAAGGGUUUCAUAUACUGAAUUCCUGGUUAUUUUAGAAGACUGCAUUAAAACAUUCAUGAGCUUUCUUGAGGCUGAUAAAGAGACCCCUUGUGAGAUGUUCAGAGCCUUUAUAAUCAAGAAAACAAUCUCAGUUGAUCAAAACCAUCUCUUCUUGAUCAAGAGAGCACAUAGAAAAAAGAAGAUGAGGAUCAAAGAGCUGGAAAGAAGCAGGAAAUGUUUCAAAAAACGGAAGGCAAAGUAUCCACAAGGAAUGGAAGCACUGAUGGUGCUUAUAGACUUGAAAGUGGUGUCCAGAGUGCUAAGAAUGGCAGGAAUCAGUGAAGAACAAUUGCACUGGUGUGAAGAGAAGUUGAACAAAGUAGAGGUUUUGGAUGGCAAAGUUCAAAGAGACUCCUCCCCACUGUUUUUCCCUGUACACUGAUCACUAAUAAUUCACUUAGUUUUUAGAGUUCUUGAUGAAAAGAUAAAGUGCCAAGGACUUCAUCUUUGUAUAUAUAUACACACACACACACAGACAUAUAUAGUGUAAAAAAGGAAAAGAAAAAGAAAGAAGAGCAAGAGCUAUAGAUUUUGUUCUUGAUAAUAAAAAGUAAAAGUUGUGAGA